GCCAUCCCAGGAUGGUGGGAAAUCGAAACGGUGAGCUUGCCUCGAUCUAGCAAUAGAUGCGGGUGAAACAAUGAUCCGAACAGAUAGGGUCGGAGGUGAUCCUUCAGAUGAAGACUUGGCUGUGCUCCAGCCGUGAUCUGUCAGGUAUCUUCAUAUGAUCUUCCGAUAUGAUCUCAUGAUUAGAUGGAGGUAGAAGAACAAAGUGUUUUUGCAUGACAUAGAAUGAAGCAUCUGUUUUCCGACUGGUAGAUCAAUAAAAUAAAAAAUGAGGAUGGUGAGAUGUGAGUCUGAUGUAGGCAAGGGAAACCCAUGCGAUUCUUGAGAACUGUCGCCGACCGAUGCUGUGGCUAUGCAAUGAACAUGUUUCUACUACUGUACAGUACUACAGCAGAGAACCAAAGCAGAAUAUCACCAAUGUCACCUCAUACUGGCUCGGGAGGCUUCUCGGCCGGUUUGAAUCCCCAGACCAAAGUGGCCUACCGUCCUUUUGACACUCAAACUUUAGGGUUUCUUAGCCGAUGCUUGCCCAGCUUGUCAGAGUUGAAGAGACGAAGUAUUUUAAGAAUACUCCAAUGGAAUGGAAGGACUAUCCAAGAUCUUGGUAUUGUGUCAAGCUUGAUCCCUCUCGCAAGAUACAAUGACGUCUGGGAGCUGGGGGCACAGAGGUCUUGUAACGGCGCUAGAAGUGUUGGCGGACCCAAGCGAGGCGAUCAUGGCAAAUCAUGGCACCUUGUUUUGUGGCAUGAAAGGUAUCAGAUGAAAUUCAGCGCCGUCUAUUUGCCCAAAAUAGACGGAUUUUCAGAUGCGCGGCUGGGUUGGAGGGGCCUGGGAUGACUGUUUCGAACCGGUGGUGGAACAUUUCAUGGCACAUAAGCACAUUGCACUGCCUCGAUCGCCGAAACAUCACCAUGACAAAAGGGAGGUAAUCUGA